UGCCCGGGCAACGCUGGGAAAGGGGCGUGUCCAUGGGGAGGGGGCGUGGCCAGGCUCAUUGAGCGCGCCGUGCGCCGGCGCGGGUGGCGGUGUCGCCAUGGCGGGGCGCGGGAAGCUGAUCGCGGUGCUGGGCGAUGAGGACACGGUGACCGGGUUCCUGCUGGGCGGCAUCGGGGAGCUGGACAAGCACCGCAAGCCCAACUUCCUGGUGGUGGAGAAGGAGACGAGCCUGGCCGAGAUCGAGGAGGCGUUCCGGAGCUUCCUGAGCCGGGAGGACAUCGGCAUCAUCCUGAUCAGCCAGUGCCUGGCCGAGCUCAUCCGGCACGCCGUGGAGGCGCACUGCCGCCCGCUGCCCGCCGUGCUGGAGAUCCCCUCCAAGGAGCACCCCUACGACCCCAGCAAGGACUCGGUGCUGCGCCGCGCCAGGGGCCUCUUCGCCCCCGAGGACCUGCGCUAGGAGCGGCCCCGAACGAACCCCCCCAUGGAACCCCUCUGGAACCCCCGAACAACCCCCCUGGAACCCUCCGGAACAACCCCCCCAAGGGAGGCCUCGGCCCUGCCCCAGGACCCCAGUUCCCCCUUUGAGGUCCUAAGGCGUUAGGACACCCCCCUAUGGUGUCCUAACCCCCACCGGGGACCCAAAAAUCCCUUCUUUGGACCCCAAAAUCCCUUCUGGGGACCUCAAUAUCCCUUCUGGGGACCCCAGUUCCCCCCCCUUUGGGUCCUAAACCCCCCCUCCGGGGUCAUCAACCCCCAAACUCCCCCGAGGUUUAAACCCCGCUUUGAGACCCUAAAAGUCCCCCCCAGGAACAUCAACACCUUCAGGGGGACAUCACCCCCCCCCCCGGGGACCCCAAAAUCCCCUCUCUGGACCCCAAAAUCCCUCCCUGGGGACCCUAAAACCCCCCCGAGAGCAUCAGACCCCCCCCGCGGUGCUGAUGGGGGGGGGGGUUUGAGGCUCCCGUGACUCUGGGUCAGCAGCGCUGGAACGGGAAGUGCCGCCGCGAGAUCCUGCCUGAUCCUGAAUGGUCCUGAAUGGUCCUGCCUGUCUCUGCCCGUCCUUGCCUGCUCCCUGCCCCUUCCUGCCCCAUUCCCUGCCCCAUUCCCUGCCCCAUUCCUGCCCCCGAGUGGGUCUGGGCUCCCCCCCAAGGGACACGCAGCCGCUGGGUCCCCAACAUGAGCUGUCACCGCU